AUGUCCUCCAUUUCUCCCCACCAAACACCUUCCAUCUUCAGAGCAUACUUACAACAUCUCUCACCUUCCAACUUUAGAAUCAAAAGGCUAAGUAGCUUACCUAAGGGAGCAGAAAUGGAAAGCGGGAACAAGGGCUCUUCAGCAGGAAGCAACAACAAUAAGGCUGCAUCUUCUGCAAAACCUGCUGGCUCCUCUUCUGCAGCAACUGGCUCUGGAACCAUGAAGGCCCCUGGAGCUGACCAUCACAUUUCGAGGGCCGAGUUUGAGAAGAACCCUUCUGCCUACUUUCAGAAUCUCCACAAGAAGUAG